CGAGCUAGACAAGGAAAUGAUUGUGUUCAGGCCCACUAGAGAGUCUUUCCUGACUUAAACUGAACGCAGCACAGACUGUCUCCUGCGAGAUCCGGAAUGGCUUAAGAAGGUAGCACAGAACCCGAAAAACAGGACUGUUAACUGAUGGUGCAGGUUUGACGGCUGGAGUUGAAAGGGGGGAGUUUUGCUGCAAAGUCCGGAAACUGGGGUAGGAGGGAGGUAGCUAAGCUAUAGCUACACCGUUACGUUAAUGCCAACAUGGCAGCGAGCAGUCAAGGCCCUGUGAAUGGAGUCGGGGAGGACAAGACGAGCGUUCGCAGGCAGAGUGAAGCUAACCGCAAGCUGAAGUACAUCAGCCUGGCCGUGCUGGUGGUCCAGAAUGCCUCGCUCAUCCUCAGCAUCCGCUAUGUCCGCACACUGCCCGGCGAGCGCUUCUUCACCACGUCCGCCGUGGUCAUGGCGGAGGUGCUCAAAGUCCUCACCUGCCUGCUCAUCAUUCUGCUCCAGAAGAGAGGGAGCCUGAGGGCCUUCAUCAAGCUGCUUUACGACUCCAUUUUCGUCCAGUAUUUGGACACCCUGAAGCUUGCUGUUCCAUCCCUCAUCUACACCCUGCAGAACAACCUCCAGUAUGUGGCCAUCUCCAACCUGCCUGCCGCCACCUUCCAGGUGACGUACCAGCUGAAGAUCCUGACCACGGCGCUGUUUUCAGUGCUGAUGCUGAGGAAGAGCCUGUCCCGGGUGCAGUGGGUCUCUCUGGUGCUCCUGUUCGCAGGGGUGGCCAUCGUGCAGGUGGAGCAGGAGGGCAAGCAGAAGGAGACCACGGUCUCCAGCGGCAGUCAGAACUACGCCAAGGGGCUGGUGGCCGUGGUGGUGUCCUGCCUGUCCUCGGGCUUCGCCGGGGUGUACUUUGAGAAGAUCCUGAAGGGCAGCUCGGCCUCGGUGUGGAUGAGGAACGUGCAGCUGGGCAUCUUCGGCACCUUCCUUGGCCUGUUGGGUCUGUGGUGGAAUGAUGGCCCAGCCAUUGCCGAGAAGGGCUUCCUCUUCGGCUACACGCCCAUGGUGUGGGGCGUGAUCUUCAACCAGGCCUUCGGGGGCCUGCUGGUGGCGGUCGUGGUGAAAUACGCGGACAACAUCCUCAAGGGUUUUGCCACCUCCUUCUCCAUCGUCGUCUCCACCGUCACCUCUGUCUACCUCUUCGGGUUCCACGUGGACCUCCUCUUCACACUGGGCGCGGGUCUGGUGAUCGGAGCCGUCUACAUGUACAGCCUGCCCAAAGCAACCUCCCCUUCCUCCUCCUCCUCCUCCUCCUCCUCCUCUUCCACUGUCUCCUCCUCUUCCUCCGCCCACAGUCGGAGCCAUCUGUCCAACAGCGACGCCGACUCGGAGACGGACGCUUUCCUCCCCAAGUCAGUCCUGGUGAAAUGAACAACUCUGCCGUCCUCUCCGUCCCCCUCUCCCUCAGAGCCCUACCACCUUUCCCACUGAACUAAUUCUAAUCCACCUCUUACUUCUCAUCACUUUCUGUUGCUUUUUGAAACCUUUAUUUUAAAUUCUGAAACUGGUUCUAUUUUUUUUUCCUAAAUAUGAAAGGAAAAUUUAUCAGGAAGGGUACGGCAUCUCUGUAUCUUAGUUCUGUAGCUACGGCUUUAAAAAAAAAAAAAAGAAAAACAAUCCCCAACCCCCUGCCUCUCGUCCUCAGAACCCACCUGCUAUUCAUUCCCUGUUCCCAGGCCAUAGUGAUGCAGUCUGCAGCCAGCCAUUGAUAUGCCUUUGUUUUCUACCUGAGAGGUGCACACACAGAGGUUCUCACAUUUUUCAAAAGUGAAUCAGAGGUUAUGCAGUAUCUGACAGGGAUAUCGGUCAGCAUAGGUAGAUGAAAUGAACAAAAUGAACAAAAUAUCAGCCACAGGGCUUUGUAAUGACAUCAUAAUCUGCUCAAUGCCUUUUGUAUUUUAUUUUAAACGCACUGCACAACAGUGUUUAAACGCACAACACUCUGCGUCUCUACACAAAGCUGAAAAGAUUGCCUUAAUAGUUUGUUUGACAUUUUAAACCCCCAAAGUCAAGUAGAUUUGCCCUCCCAGGAACAAUAAAGCUUUCUGUUCCAGUCUCUUUGAAAAGCCUUACCAACGUGUGCAGCAAGUCUACAGAAACUAACACGAAUGCAAAUGGCUUUUGCUGCAUUACUACAAACCUCAUGUUAACAUUUGGUUUCAUUUACAUGAGCCUCAUUAAAAUCUGAAAGCAGGGCUGUUUCUCAGUUGCAGUUUGCAGUUCAGUAUUUCUCUGCUUCUCCCCAGAGAAGCCUGGCUGCUCUGAUUCCCCCAGGUGUUUUGAGGAGCAGGCACGGCUUAAUGUGGUCAUGUAAAUGUAUAGCGAAAGAGCUAAAUUACUAAUACAUAACAUGAUUCCUCUUAUAUAGCUGUGGUUAAUUUUUAUUUUUGUAUUUAUCUGGUAUUUAGCGAUGCUAAAAAAAUGCACCAAAAACAUCUUUGUCUGUGGAGUUGCUGAUGGGUAUUUUCCAUAACUUACCAUCUCUUAUGUUAGCAGGGGACAGUGGAUCAGGAUUUUGAAACUGUUUCCUUGAUAUUCAAAUCCUCUCUUUUUCCUUGUAUUUGUGCAUGGUAUACUCGACAGUUUUGGUAGAGGGCAGCUGUAAUUGUAGAGGAAAUACUGUUUUGUUAACCAGUUCAGCAAAUAGCGAUA